AUGGAGACCGCCAAGAUCGUCACCACUUUGAUGCUGAUUCUUGCCUUGUUCUUGCUAUGCCUUGUUCAAUUAUAUCGUCCCGAUGCCGCCACCCGCUGCCAUCCAAGCAUGUGUAAAGGACCCAUCCAUCAAGGCUACACCCGGUUCGCCGACGUCGAGCGGCGCUGCCAGUCCGUGCUCUCAUCAGCCGCGGAGCUCAAGGCUGAUGCAGACCGUGACGGCAACCUGAUGUACCAGCAGCUCUCCUUCAUGAAUGGCGACUGGAGCCAAGACGCCGGCCAAGCCCCCUGUUUCCGUUCCAGGGAGCUAUGCCGAUCCGGCGGUGGUGGCCGUCUCAAGCACAUGGACAUGGCUCAACGGCCAGGUCCGCGAACAGCACUUAACGCCAGCGGGAUCCUUAGCUUGGCCAUCGCCCGCAACAGCUCCUGCCCGUAUGAUCCGGGUUUUGAAAUGGAGUCAUGUCCUUUGCCGGAGUUCGACCUCCGGCCAGGGAUCGCCAAGCUCCAAGUACUGUUCCAAGGCGUCUAUACCGAGACGAGGUCGCCGGGGCGCGGUGACGGCGGCGGCGGUGGCGAGAGGGUGCUGUGUAUGGUCGGGGACGCUGUUCUCCCCGUGCGCAGCAGCAACAGCACGGACCCGUGGGACUGGGCUAACAAUCGCGGCGGUGGCAGCAGCAACUUGGAGCCGCCGGUCGUGUCCGACGGCAACAUCCUGCUCGUGCUACGGUACCCCAAGACGCCGACGCUGACAACUCGCGCCGUGCAUGGCGUCAUGACGAGCACGAAGGCCAGGUCUGAUGGAGCCUACUUCGACACCGUCCGGCUGGUGUCCCAGCUGUCCGGCCGCGGGUACCAAUUCCGGCAAGAAGACGCGGAGCUUGAUGCCGCUACGUGCGACGAGGACGACUCGCCCUUCCAUGAAGGCGACGCCAUGAAGCACCACCGCCUGAACAGAGGCGGCUCUCCCUGCGACAUGAUUUACCAAUCAAUUCCCAAUAACCAGGUGAUGGAAGUCAUUCCAAACUGGAACUGCAAGGGGACCAAUGAGUUCUGCAGCCGGCUCGGGCCGUUCGUGUCCACCAGCCGCCCUGCCACUGCCACAACCACAAACGCUACGGAGGAGGACAUGGCGUUCACUCGUUCUGGCAUCGCGGUGACCGGCCUCCAGUGCAAGUCCACGGGCGGCAGCAUCGGCGGCACGGCGGCCGCGAGGGUGGCAGCCGUGUUCCGCUACGUGCCCCAGUGGGAGCAUCAGCCCAUGGCGGCGAUGCGGACGGGUCUGAGCAGCAUGACCCUGUCUGCCGAGGGCGUGUGGAUCCCGUCCACGGGGCGGACACACAUGGUGGCCUGCCUUGGCGUCGGUAAGGAAGCGUGCCACUACCGUGUGACCCUCUCCGUGCAGACGACGGUGUCCAUGACUCGCCGCGGCAUCGUCGCCGGACAGAUCACCGCGAUGGAUGGGAGGAGCCAUCCUCCGCUGUUGUUCCAGAAACGAGUGUGCAGGUUUGCUGGCUACGUGACGUCGCGGCGGCGCACGUCGUACAUCUACACCAAGGUCGAUCAGGCUCGGGAGCUCCUUGGAGCGAGCGAACCAACUGGAUUUCGCGACAGCUUCGUUGCCAAGUCACUGCUCAGCUACCCAAGUCUCGACGCUGGCGCUGCCAAUGCUGACAUUGGGAGUCUCUCCAACCUCGCCGACGAGCUUGAUCUUCGCAAUGAAUUCAUGGGGAUGCCGCCGCCGAUUGUGCCAGAAUGGAUCGAUGGGUCGUUCUUUGAACUCCAGAUACUCUCUGCUGGCACCCUCGUUGGACGAAGCUACUCUCCCCAAGUCCAGCGUCGGUCUAGUAUGCGGAUCGUCGAACUAUUGAAGAGAGUCCAUGGCGAGGAGAGGCAGCAGAUACUGAAUGUGUCUGCGGAGUUCAUGGCAUACGGGAAUUGCCUUGGUCCAAGUCCGGUGAUGUCACUGGAGGGCGUGUACAAUGCAGAGAAUGGGCGAAUGUACCUGAUCGGCUGCCGGAACGUCCAUGCCCCACGGCGGCGGCUCCUGUCGAUGAGCAAAGACCUUGAAGAAGGAAUGGACUGUUCCAUAGAGGUGAUGGUGGAGUACCCACCGACAACAACCCGGUGGCUGAUCAGCCGGCCGGCAAAGGUCUUCAUGGCUAGCACCAGGGACGACGACGACCCGCUACACUUUAACAGAACAGAGCUACACAUGCUGCCCGUCAAAUAUCGGCAAAGGCGGUUGGACGAGCUGAUAAAGCCGAUGGUGAAGGGGUUCCUAUACAUGAUCGUACUGUUGGCCACCAUCUGGGCUGCGACAAGGACUUCGCCGCGAACGCGCUGCUAG